ACAUGCAAUAGUAGGUGGCAAGUAACCCACAUGUUGCAGACCAGUACAGAGACGAAGGCAAAAAACACACGGAUAUCUACAGAAGACUUCGAGCGCAGAACGGUGAUGAGAUGCUCAGCCGCAGUAAGACAUUUGAAUGAUGUAAUUGUUUCAAAGAUGGCUGUACAUCCAUCAGUGGCAAUCCCGGCUGUAGUGGUUCCCAGCCCACAGCAGUCAUUCCUGUGAACUUUCAGCAAGUGGAACGCCUGAUCCUUGAUAAUCAACACAUAACCUGUCGUGAAAUUGCACAAGAGACAAAUCUUUCUGUGGGAAUGUUGAACACAAUGAUACCGUAGUGAAGCAGGCUGUCCUAG